AAUCAUGGCGUCUGGGAAGGAAGUGGAUUUGUCGCAGUGACCAAUUGACAGUUGGACAGAACGUCAAAAAUUGGGACUAGUUUUAACUCUUAAUCGCCUUGUCUAGUUAUUAUAUGUUACGAGGUGGUUUACAAAUAUUCUCGACUAAUUCCUCCUAUACAUUCUAAUCAUAAAGGAAGAAAAUACCUGCUGAGUUAAUCCACAUUAUUCUCUGCAGAACAAAACAACAACAAAAAACAUGAGUGAGUUAGCCAUUGUGGCUGCUCGAGCCUCUGUUAUGAUAUACGAUGAUGCCAACAGGAAGUGGAUACCAAGUGGCGCCACCCAGGGGCUGUCGAAAGUUCAGAUAUACCACCAUACCACACAGAACUCCUUCAGGGUAGUGGGGCGCAAACUGCAGGAUCAUGAGGUGGUUAUAAACUGUGCCAUAUUAAAAGGAUUAAAAUAUAACCAGGCUACAGCAACAUUUCAUCAAUGGCGGGACAGCCGGCAAGUUUAUGGAUUAAAUUUUGCUAGCAAGGAAGAAGCAGAACACUUUGCUCAUGCCAUGAUGACAGCAUUAGACACAUUGAACAUUUCAGAUGGAGCAUCACAGUAUGAACGUGGAGAAGAGCCAACAUCACCUUCAGGUCGUAGAAUAAGUAUGCCUUACUUUGACGUGAGUCACUCCCCAGUGCCACCAUCUGCCAUGGCCAUGAGGAUCGGUGGUAGUCUGAAGCGUAUUUACCACAAGCCAGCACCAGUUACGCCAGCCCCAGCUCCUCCAGCGCAGCCACAGCAGCAGAUCUACAGCCAGAUUGGCAACCAAAAUGGGCCACCAGAUAUGGAAAAUGAGAGACUUCAUCGCGACGAGUUCCAGACUCACAAGCGACAGAUGUCUGGUGGAGGAGUUCCAGGAAUGCGCGACUCUCAACCUCAUGACCCCUCCCCAGUGGUGCCGCAGCCUCCGCAGGCUCCAUCGGCACCCCCAGCUCCUCCAGCCCCACCCGCUCCACCGGCUCCUCCACCAGCCCCAUCUCCAGGAGGUGCACCAAGAGCACCCCCACCGCCAGGAGCAGGUGCCCCUCCACCCCCACCUCCACCACCACCAGCUUCCAAUGCACCUUCAUCAUCUAAUCAAGGCGGGCUAGCAGCAGCCUUGCAAGGAGCCAAACUGAAGAGAGUUGCAAAGCCUGAAGAGUCAAGUGGACCAGGCAGUGUGGGAGACAGCAGCGGGGGUAUGGGCACAUUGGGUCGUACCUCCGGUGGGGGAGGUGGUGGCAGCGGCGGCAGUGGUGGCGGCGGCAUGGACAACAUCAUGAGUGAGAUACAGAAGAAACUGGCACAGAGGAGAGCAAAGGCAGAUAACUCUGGACAGGAUGAUAGCAGUGCGGGGUCAGAGCCAGCAGCCACGCCCCCUGCCCCAGCCCCCGCAGGCGGGGACGCAGGGAGAAGACCAUGGGAGAAAAAUACAGCAGCACAAGGCAACGGGAAGUUUGUUAAUGGAUCCGGAUCUCCUAAACCGCUCAGAAAACGCAAUCCCUCCCUGACAGGUCAGGAGAACUUGAGUAUGGCCGUGAAUGGAUCCUCUGGAGACUUGGAGUCCUUGAAACAGGAGAUCUUAACUGAGAUGAGAAAAGAGCUGCAAAACAUGAAGAAGGAAAUUAUAGAUGUAAUCCGCCAAGAGAUCGGACACAGAUAAAGACUGUUACAGCAAGCGUGAAUUGCUCAUCAUGUCAUCAGUUUUUAUGUCGUCAGUGUGGUGGACGACGCCCCCAGCGUACAGUGCUGACACAGAGCCAGGGAACAUCUUCCAACAUUGAUCAUCAUCUCCUGUUCCAUUAAUACAACUACACACAGACUGUACACACGAAUACACCACUCAGCUCAUACACACAGGAAUGCAUACUCAUGUCUUCAUCCCAGCUGUAGCCUCAUCAGAUAAUACUACUGGGUAUGCUGCUAUCAUCUUAGACCAAAUCAGAGAUCACAAACCCGUCGACCAUAACCAGUACUCCGCUUCGCCUUGUAGACGUGUGGCAUCAGAAAUACUCCACUGUUAGCAAUAGGAAUAUUGAUUGUAAUCUGCAUGUGAAUAUUGAUUAUGAUCAGCAUGUAUCAUUAGGGAAAUGGGAUCAAAUAUCCCAAGGAUGUUUGCCCUGAAUCUGUAAACUAACUUGUCUUAAGGGGAGAUAAUCUGUAUAUAAAAAGGCACCCCCAGUACAAGGAAACAAUUCCAACAGAAUAUGAAUUGUGUUAGUAAUAUAAUAGGUUGCUGAUAUCACAUGCUUCCUUGUUCCUUCUGUUAAUAAUAGUUCAUGUUAAUGUAAUGUAGCCCACAGACUGAUAGAUCUUUGAGAAGUUUUAGAAAGCUGCACUCACACCUUUUGCUUUGCAACCAUUAGCUGUCAUAGAUGAAAUAUAAUUAUAUAUAUACGGAGUAAGUCUGGUAAAAACAGGUGAAACUUGUAUUGUAAAAAUAUAUUCUUAAAUAUUCAAGUGUGAUGCAUGGACUCUGAUCAAAAUGUAGAGUGUGAGUUGCCUCUGAGGGCAGUGUACAUGCUACAGUUAGUCUAGCAUUUAGAGGAGCUAGGAAUGACAACAGAAGCUGGAGGAAUGAGAUCUGCAGAUCAAGUGCAAUGUAAUCGGAGCAGCAGUGCAUUGUGGAAACUGCCUCCGUUGAUUGUCCUGUUGUUGUAUUAAUGGACCUGGGACACUGAUAGUUUUGGUGACUGGCAUAGUGUACUGUGUAGAUGCGACCAGUCCGAACAAAUGAAGCUUGAUGCUUUGAUAAUGAACCAAUGGAGAACUCUGCCAAUUGUAUAAAUCUUUUCUAUUUUAAGGUGUAAUAUUAUCAUGAUCUUAUUAUGAUUUCACUGCAUGUCCUCCUUAUGCUGGCAUUAUGUUCAAUUCUGGGGGAGCAGGUUACAGGACUUGCUGUAGGAGAAGGUCAUUGGUUGGUGUAUUCACACAGGCUCACUUCAUGAUGUGACAAUACUUAGAGCACCAAUUUGCAUGUAAGACCUACUCCUCACUCAACCUAUUCAGUGUGUCAUUGGGUGUUGGGCACAGGGGCCAUGUUGUCUGAGGCAUCAAAUUCGCUAUGCAGAGUUGCAUCCCUUGGGCAUGCCAGAAACGCGAUCGUGGGUUCGAAUCCCGGUUCCCCGAUUAUGUUUCUAGGUUUGUUAGCACAAUAUCCAUACUUGGGGUUUUACCAAAGUGGAAAACGUCUGAGACCUGCACAAAUUUGGGCUUUUUAAGCUGGCACUCCAUGAUAUAACUGGAAUACUGUUCAAAGUGGCUUAAACCAAAUUCACCCAAUCACUCAAUAUCAUUGACAUAUUAAUCACACCAGGUUAUCAUUCAGGGAUAAGUUGAUCAAACUUUAAUCCUCAGCAUUUAUAGUUGUUAUUUAAUAGAAAUUCAUGUAUUAAUUUCCCUAAUUAGACACUUUACUGUUUCUCGGUGUGUUUUUUCAGUGACUAUUAUGCUAAAAAGGGAAGUUCUGUUGACUGCUAAAACUUCAGGAGUACACACACAAAAUCUGUGCAAGGCACAAGGCUGAUAUGGGUUUCAUGUCCACAAUGUUGACAUUUGUCACUUAUUUGUAAAGGGCAUUUCUACAUUGUGCAGUCAGGGAAGAAGGGUCCUGUAGUGUGUAGCAUACUACAGAUGGACAUGAUGUUAGCAUAGGGAGGCCUUGUAGAGGUGUAGAAGUCAAAUGAGGUGUGUUGCAUCUCUCACUGAUAGGACGACUCAACUCUCAGUCAAUGUGGCGAAGGGCAGCUCGGAUGCCAUGACAACGCUGUAGUACCUUGAUCAGACAUCAUCUUCUACAGAUAAUGUCAGCAAUUUUUAUAAAUUGAAUUAGUUUACCAAAGAAAAUGUCCUUCAGUAUCUGUUUAAGACAGACACAAAUUCUUUAUUUGAUGGUUGAAAAUUGAAAACUCGCUUGGAAUGUACUUGGUGCGCAACAGAGACUGUGCACCAGUUUUUUAUGUUAUUUUGUGAUACACUGCAAAUUCAUUAUUAGUAAUUUGUGUAAUUGAUAAGAAUUGGGUAGAAAUGAUAAUUGUCCAAAAAUGGCCACUAGAUCCAGCCUUGGCGUUUGAGCUGCCUCGAGUCCAACAUACCUGCCUAUAUGAUAUGAGCAUGUUGUAUUGGUCAGUGUUUGAUAAUGACACCAAAGAAUCUUCACAUUCUUGAUGGUUUAGAGUGUAUGCUCAUUUACUGUGUAAAUACUGUUAUUGAUGUGGAACUUUCUCGCACUGUUUAUCUUGCAUCUAAUGACUUUUCAUGUAGUGGAUGAAUGACAAAGCUUGUAUUAUUCCCUAUCCCUGUGCAUGCCAAUUGUAUUCUAGCUGCUAGAAGCUACCCCUUUGCUCAGUACUUGAUCUCAAGACAAACCAUGGGCUGAGGCAACUCAUGCUUGCUUUGGUGGUGUUUCAUCAACAGGAAGAAAUGAUGUUGAAAAUUUCAGUAAUUGUUUCAUGUAAUUGGACUUUUCUUUUAAGGAAGUAUGACUUAUUCAGUUUUCAUGAAUCAGUGAAUCUUUUAUGAUCAAACAAUCUAUAUUUCUGUUUAUGAAAAUGAGAUUUUCUUUGGACGUUUGUUUACUUGCUAUCACUCCGUGUUCUUACUUUUAGGUUAAGGGGAGACUGGGCUCUGGAAAAUUGGCACUCCUAGCCAGUUUGACUUGUGGUUAACCCUUUGUGUAAAUCAUAUGAUGAAUAUCAAUCUGACAUGAAAUGAAUACCCCAGUUACAAAGAGGCAGUGUCUUAUUUUCACAGAAAGCAUGGCAAAGUGUUGACCUGGGCUAAAGGGCACAAUACCAUGGACUGUGAUUCCCUUUAAAAUUUUAUUGGUUUUCAUUUAGCACAGCUCUCAGCAAUAUUCCAGCUAUAUGACAGCAGUCAGUCCAUAACCUUGUCUGGACCAGACAAUCUGCCUAUUGAAAAAUGGAGGUUAUUUCCAUUCACAAUGACCAUGUGCUUAGAGUGGCAUAAAGCUAUUAUUUGAUCAUACAGAGUUACUUCCCUUGUACUGGACAGCCAGGUUUGUGUAAGGCACUUGUCAUGAUGUGCGGGUUUCCUCAGCCCUGGGGGACACGCCCAUGAAAAUCAUACACAUAAUAUAAUUAACCCUUCCAGUGAUAACACUGACACAUCACAAGUAGGUGCUAUGCUUGAUACUAACAAAAAGCCUCUGAUGGCUGAAUAAAUAAUCAGUAACAUUGCUCAUGUAGUUUUAGUCAGUAUUGAAAAUGAAAGGCUCUUGCUGUUAAACUAAUACUUUGACAAGCCAUUUAAGUCCACAGUUAUAUGUGAUUUGUAAUUAGAAGCCCAUCUCAUCAUCAUCUUGUUAUACAAAUCAAAAUUUCAGUCUAUCAGUGUACAUACAUCUGUGUGUGUUUUGGCCUUUUCUGCUGAAAUUUUGUCGAUUGCCUCAAUUUAAGGAUAGCUUUUAACUGUGCAUUUUUACUUCAUUUCUAUGAAAACAAAGAGAGAGCUGAUUUUUCAAAGAUUGUCUUUGCUAAUUACGAGUCUUCCAGACCAGAAACAAUCAUUGAUUUGAAUGAUUUAUUGCAGCGUUGAUAUCACAAAUAACUACCAUUGUACAUGUGACAGUUUUUUUGUCUGACAAUUCAAUAUUGAGGAAUAUUGAUACUUAACAAACAAAUAUUUUUGUUUUCAUUCAAGAUUUUCUAAAUUUUUAAGAAAAAUCAUUAUUGUAUUGUGUAUUUAUGAAUUUUUCAAAGGUUGCUCUCAUGACUUCUGUUAUUGGCCAGCGUUCCUCAAACCAAUAAUUCGGUUACUUAGAACUGUACACACUUCAUAUCUAGUAGCAAGUAUUCGCAAAUAUUCUCGCUUUUAAGUCGCUUGGAGAAAUUGUUUUAAUUAUUAUCAUGUCCGAUAGAAUUUGUAGUUUCACCAAAAUGUUUAUGAAUUCAUCCCUUUAUCCUUGAAGAUGUGUUUAUUUACUGAUUUCUUGUGAUGUUUAUGAAUUUUUUUUGCACAUAAUUUUCCUUAUCAAUUUAAGUAUCUGUUAUGUAUCCUGUAAAUAUUCACGACUAUUUGAUGACCGUGCCUGUGUUUAUCGUUUUGCAUGAUUGAUAUUUAACGAACUGUAAUAACUAAUCAAACUGGAUCUACAUCCCAUAUUCUUCUUAUUAUUACAGAUAUUAUGUUCAUUAUUAUUUUUAUUUAUGUUAUACAUACCAUAUAUGUUUCCAGUCAAGCCACUCCACUCAUUAUGCAACAGUAAGCUGGGAGAUUGCAAGGGAGACAACCAAGUCUCAUUAACUUAAUGCUGGCCUCUGUGCUUGAUACUUACUGUCACCUUUCCUGUUCCCAUGCUGUCACUGUAGCCGGUAUUCUGCCCAAUACUUGCGUAGUAGGCAGUGAUUGUAAUUAUGCCAUAGGAACUCAGUUUGCAUUUGGUGCCUAUAGCUCCUAUUAAAGUUUAGAUUUGAGGGCAUGUCCUACAUCAGUUUUAAAUGUUGGACAAUUGUAUUACACUUUAAUCAGCUUCACAUUUUGACAGAGGAGAGUGUUUUAUGUCCAUAAGAAAUUACAUCCUCUUGCAGUGUGUCGAGCUGAAUGAAUAGUAGUUAUAGUGUUGACGCCCUGCACCGACGACACAAGAUUCCUCAUGUGGAGAUAAUUGGGUGAUGCCCAUUCCUGGAGUCCUUAAAGUAAUAUGGAAAGACUAUUGCGUAAUUCCGCGUCAAACUAUCACCCGUCAUGAUCAUAUAUACUCCAUGUACACCUAUCUACUUAUUUAGAUAUGCCCCUUAAUGUGUCAAAUGUGGUAUUUAAUAGUCAGUUUCUUUCAUUUCAACUUCAAAGUUCAUAGACUUUCUUUUUGAAUUGAUUUCCAAUUAAUAGAUCUGGCUAUGCCUUGAAGACUGAACUUUAUUAAACUAUCACAGAUAUCUCAACAAUGUGUUCAGCUUAAGACUUUUUUGUUCUCAAAUGUAUGAGUAAGUGAGAGUGUCAAGGAAGGUCAGUUGAUUCAGUGAUUCAGAGAAAGAUUUCCAUAAUCCUAAUGCUAUAGUGAAGAAAUCUGGAAAAACUUGAGGGAAGCAUACAUUUG